AUGUUAAAAUCUGAAGCUAAUGCUGUAAGUGUACUCGAUGACUAUAAAAUAUGCAAAUCAAACGGAUUUGGCCGUUCUUUAUUAGUAUGCGAUGUGAAUAAUACUCUUGCAUUACGUACUCAAAAAAAACUUACAUUACUCUUGAAUGAACUACAGCAAAAAGUGAAAUGCAAAUGUGAACAUGGAUGUCAACGAACGGAUGGAAACAACAGGUAUAUUGGUGUCCUUCUGGUAACAAAUUCUACAAAAAUUUUAAACAGUAAUGAAACAUUGAAUAAAACUGCUCAGAAGAUCUAUGAAGAUAUUGAAUUAGGCAAUAUUCAUUGCGACGGUGGACUUUUUAUCAUUUAUAUCAAAGACAAAAACCAGUUAGCAAUUUAUCACCAUAAUGGUUCACUACUGUUUCUGAAUACUCGAGAACAGAUAAAUCUUCGUAGAAUGGCUAUUACAAAUAAGCUUUCGUAUGAUUCUUUGGCAUUGCAAUAUUUAUUAUCAAAUUAUGAGAGCGUACAAAGAGCAGAAGCCCAACAGAAUGAAAGCUGGAUGUCAAUUCUUGGGCUUCUACUAGCUCUUAGCAUUUUACUUCUGAUAUUGGCAUUACUUUUGGCAUUAUUCUUGGCUCGAUUUUGCUGUUGUUGUGCAAGGCGGGAAAAAUAUGUUGAAGAAAUCUAUCAAACAAGCACAUUGGGCAGAUCAAAAAUAAUUGAACCUAUAAUGGUUGCAACUUCUAUUCCAGAACAAAUUUAUGCAACACAAACUGAUGCUAUUUACAGUACUCCAUAUUCUGGUAUUAUUUCAGGUACACCAAUACCACCACCACAUUUGUCUAGCAUGAGAGCAGAUAAUUUUUAUCCAGGAUCAUCAGUACGUGGUUCUUCACAAGCGGCUACGCCAACAUCAACUAAAAAACAUCGCAUUCGUCCUUCCCAAGGUCAAGUUUCUGAAAAUGUCUCUCCAUCUUCUAUACUAGCAGAAAAUACUGCUUCUAAUAAAGUUGACGAUUCUACUCAGACAAAUGGCAGAGCAUCAUUAGAUGAUGUGGUGGAAGUGAAACGUUUAGAUCAUGCAAAUAACUCAGUGCCAUGGGAAAAUACAAGCGGCAAUAAAUCAUCACGACAAGUAGCUGAAACUUCUAGUACUCAGCAACGGACUACUGCUAAUGUGGAAUCAGAUUUAUCAUUUUUAGAUCCAAGAAGACAACAAGAAGUGCAAACAUGCACUGACUUUAUUUACUAA